CGCGUGCGCACAGCGAUUCGUAGAGGCCAGGCGGAGACCAAGAUGGCGGCCUAGGGCUGCGGCCGCCAACGCCACCGAGUGUGAGCGACGUCGCUGCCGCCGCCAUGGCCCGGCACAGGAACGUCCGAGGCUAUAACUACGACGAAGAUUUUGAAGAUGAUGAUCUUUAUGGCCAAUCAGUAGAGGAUGAUUGUUGUAUUUCCCCUUCAACAGCUGCUCAGUUUAUUUACUCAAGACGUGACAAACCCUCAGCAUUUGCUGAGCGAUUAGAAGAAGAGUAUGGCUAUGAAGAUGUGCAAGAACCUGCCAAGAAUAUUACAUCCAAUCAUCAGCUAACUGGAGUUGAUCAAGCUCGUCUUUAUUCGUGCCUUGACCAGAUGAGAGAAGUGCUGGGGGAAGCUGUACCAGAGCAGGUGAUGGUGGAAGCAGUGUUGAAUAGUAAAUUUGAUGUACAGAAGGCUUUGGAUCUUGUGCUUGCACAAGACAGUAAGCAAAAUGUGAAGACCAAGAAUGAAGAAGCUGUGACUACAGGAAAGACAACAAAAGGAGAUUUACUUUAUUCAGAAACUUUUACUUAUUUGGAGAACUUGUCUUACUUAAUAGAAAACACUUCAGCAAACACCAGCAUGUCUGAGCUCAGUAGCCUGACAGUCAAAACUAAAUCACCUUGUUACUUUUCAACUUUAAGUGACAAAACACUCUUCAAAGCUAAACAUUCUAAUAUAUCCUCAAUUGAAAAGAAAAUAUCUGAAUCUUCUCAUAAAUCUUCAGGAGUUCUACAUUCUUCCCUCAGUAAUAAUAUGUGUGAAGAAUCAUGUUAUGAAUCUGUCAAUAAACGUGUAGCAGUACGAUUACCAGACAAUACCAGCACAGUGAGUUUGAUUUCCAGCAAUGAAGGCAAAAUUUGCUUUAGUGUAGGUGCUGAAUUAUUGGAAGCUAGUCCAUCUGAAAAUCCUUCCUGGAAGCAGUUGGAGUGCAAGGAAUCACAAGACUUGAAAUCUUUGAUGAUGCAGAAUAUAACUUAUGAUUAUUUAAGUCUCCAAGACAGGGGACUACUUGGGGUCCAGAAUUCUUCAGAUCAUAAUAGUAAAGGAAGUAUGGAUAGUAGUCCUGGCUUAAUGAGUGCUGUACGGAAACUGGCACUUGAUAAUGAUAUAAACUCUACUCAGAAUAGAAAGACUGAGCUUUUUGAAAAUUUUCCUUCAUUUCUACAAAGUACCAGGCAAGACAUCUCAUCUUCAGAAAUGGGUAAUUUGCCAUUUUCAAAAUCUGGAGGUCCAUCACUGGCUGACCUACUUCAAGAGCACCAGAAAAGAAAACCAAGAGAUUCCCAGUCAACCAGAAUCGAUUCUAAAAUUGUGCCGAAAGUUACCAAAAUGACUGUGUCUGGAAAGAAACAAGCUAUGGGAUUUGAAGUGCCAAGUGUGAUUGCUGAAGAGAAUGGUCAUAGUGCUAAUACACCUCAAAAAAGACCAUCAUCUGAAGAUUCCAGUGUCACUUCUGGAAUAGUUGAGUUGGUCUCUAAAUCAGCUCUUCCAUCCCAAACAAUUCAGAUUCCAGAAGAGCAGAGUACAGUACCUACUCCAGUGAAAAAGUCCAGCAAGACAAGACAACAAAUAGAUGUGAAAGCAGAGCUGGAGAAGAGGCAAGAAGGAAAACAGCUGCUGAAUUUAGUGGUCAUAGGACAUGUUGAUGCAGGUAAAAGUACUCUAAUGGGUCAUUUACUCUACCUUCUGGGCAACGUGAACAAACGAACUAUGCACAAAUACGAGCAGGAAUCCAAAAAGGCUGGCAAAGCUUCAUUUGCGUAUGCAUGGGUCUUGGAUGAAACUGGGGAAGAAAGAGAAAGGGGAGUAACAAUGGAUGUGGGUAUGACCAAAUUUGAGACAAAGACUAAAGUUAUUACACUGAUGGAUGCUCCAGGACAUAAAGAUUUCAUCCCAAAUAUGAUCACAGGAGCUGCACAGGCUGAUGUGGCUAUUUUGGUUGUGGAUGCUAGCAGGGGGGAGUUUGAAGCAGGGUUCGAGACUGGUGGACAGACUCGAGAACAUGGGUUAUUGGUUCGCUCUCUUGGAGUAACACAACUGGCAGUUGCAGUCAAUAAAAUGGACCAGGUCAGUUGGCAACAGGAGAGAUUUCAGGAAAUUACCAGUAAACUUGGCCAGUUUCUUAAACAAGCUGGCUUUAAGGAGUCCGAUGUAGCUUAUAUCCCUACAAGUGGUCUUGGUGGUGAAAAUCUAGUCACAAGCUGUCGAUCAAGUGAACUCACUGAAUGGUAUAAGGGAAAAUGUUUGUUAGAACAAAUUGAUUCUUUCAAGCCACCACAGAGAUCAGUGGAUAAACCAUUUAGAUUAUGCGUGUCUGAUGUUUUUAAAGACCAAGGAUCAGGAUUUUGUGUGACUGGUAAAAUAGAAGCAGGAUAUAUACAGACUGGAGACCGACUUCUGGCUAUGCCUCCCAAUGAAACUUGCACUGCAAAAGGAAUCACACUGCAUGAUGAACCAGUUGAUUGGGCUGCAGCAGGAGAUCACGUUAGUCUCACUUUGACCGGCAUGGAUAUCAUCAAAAUCAAUGUUGGCUGUAUAUUUUGUGGUCUCAAGGAACCCAUCAAAGCCUGCAUUCGUUUCAGAGCUCGAGUCCUCAUCUUUAAUAUUGAUGUCCCCAUUACUAAAGGAUUCCCGGUACUUUUACACUAUCAAACUGUAAGUGAGCCUGCCACUAUUAGACGAUUAUUGAGUAUCCUUCACAAGAGUACUGGCGAAGUCACAAAGAAAAAACCUAAGGUCCUCACUAAAGGACAGAAUGCUUUAAUAGAACUACAAACACAAAGGCCUGUUGCCCUGGAAUUGUACAAAGAUUUUAAAGAACUUGGAAGGUUUAUGUUACGCUACAGCGGAUCCACUAUAGCUGCAGGAGUUGUCACAGAGAUUAAAGAAUGACAGUGGUGCUAAGUCUUCCAUGACCCAACCAAAAUGCAAUCAGCCAUCCAAACCGCUUUCCGAAUCCAGUUACUUCAGCUGAAGGAACUAAGUGCAAUUAAAUUUAAAAAAAAAAAAAAAUUUAAAUCCACAUUGGACAUUUAGUGAACUUUUUAUCAGUCUCUGCCUACUGCGAAACAAAAUGCCAACUGACAUGGAAAUGCUAAUGUUGCACAAUCUCAUUUCAAAAGGUUCCAUAUUUCUCUGUGAAAUUCACCCCACAUUUGCAGCUCAUAGAGCUUUAUGGAAACUUGUUUGGAAAGGUGCAUUAGAAGAUAAGAUUGUUCCAUGAUGAUUCACCAUCUUGCUACUUCCAGCCAUAGACUGUUUACAUUUUUUUCUUUGAUUUGCUCAUUGCUGCACAUUAAUCCAGUAAAGUAACUUAAUUGGUCUAAUGUAUUUUAAGGUUUGAGAUGAAUGCAUUUUCAGGGAAAAAAUAAUUGUUUACUUCAGUUUCAGAGAAUGGUAUGUAAUGUCAUCCACAAGAUUAUUUCCCGCAUCCCAAAAUUUAUUUAAAAAAAGAAAGUUUAAUUUCAUGUGUAGUGGAAGCUGUGCCAACAAUGACUAAUUUUAUUUUUGAAGUAUAAAAAUAUAAUAAAGUAGCCUGGUCUGAGCAUAA